GCAAGAUCGAUGCGGAAGACCGAGGCUGCGACGAUGAGCACGUCCAGUGCACAAACCUCGACCAUGGACAUGUCGGCCCUGAAAUCAGCGAUUCAGGAAUCGACUCCCAGGAUGGUCCUAAGCUCCUCAAAAAGGCGACGGCUCAGGAAGGCCAAAAGAGCGACGGAACAGCAACAGCUGAUUACCGGCUCUCAGAGGAUACCUGAGAACCCUGGAACUGCCCCCGCGGUUACCACAACUGCAGGACGCGGGAAAAGGGCACCGAAGCCGACUGGGUCCUCUGCCGCGCUCAAGCCUAUUGGCUCUAGGUGCGGUAAAGGACCUAGAGGGGGGUACCAAACCAAAAACCCAAACCAAACCAAACAACAAACAAAGGGCCAGAAACACGAUCGGCCAGAGGAAACCGUGACACCGACUGGGGAGAGUAAAAGGGUUAAACCUAACAAACUCCGGCUGGAGUCAGGGACCUCGGCCAGUUACGCGGAAGCGGCAGCAUCCUACAAAGCCAACGAGCUUUGUGUUGCCGUGAUGACUGAGCCCUUUAUAGACAUGACACAAGAACAGGCAGAUAACAUCCGCCUACAAAUCGAGGGUAAAAUCCAAGAUGAGCUCAUGGCGGAUCUUGAAGCUACCCUAGCAACUGAACCCAACGACAUCAGAUUCCGGGGAAGAGCCCACUUCUCAGAUGGUGUCCUCAAAACUUGGUGCGAGGAUACCUACACGCUGGGAUGGCUUACCGGAGCAUGCGAUGUCAUCAACAAUCCGAUACCGGACACCAAACUGGUGGUACGGCCUCAGUCAGACAUUCCGAAGAAGGUGCCGUGCUUACUGCAUGUUCCAGAGUUCACUGGUAGCACGGAAACUUUACGGAAACUGAUCACCAGGCAAAACCGCCACCUAAACAUCAGAUCUUGGACCCUGACUCACGAACGUAGAACACAGGACCCGACAGGCGUAUCUUUGUUCCUUCGUGUUCCGGAAUAUGAGAUCUCAAAGAUCAAGGCACACGAACGUCGCAUCUACUAUCUGAUGGGGAACAUCUAUAUCCGAAUUCUGGAAAAGGAUGAACCCUCAGUGGUAGCUGCCGCCACAGUAACUACUGCCAGUACAUCGGGGACGGGAUCCUCGGGGCCAAAGCCGCCCUCGUCAACGACGGAGAUAGCCGCGGUUGCCGAGGAGACAGGGGGGAGUGAAUUCAGCGACAGCUGUUUGCGCUCCUCCCCCUAACCGGACUGACCUUAUCCAGACCAACCUCCAGCACAGCCAAACAGCGUCGGCUUCACUACGCAGACUGCUGGAGACCAACCCGAAGACCAUUGCCGCGAUCCAGGAGCCGUGGAUCAGGAAUGGCAAGGGACCUUACAACCAUUAGGUUACCUAGGGACGCACAUCCAGACAUCGUCCUGGCGUCCGCCUACCUACCGGGUGACGAGGACGUGCCCACUCCAGAACUCGGCCUUCUGGCUGACUACUGUGAGAGGGAGAAACUGGAGCUUAUAAUCGCAGCAGACUCCAACGCGCACCACACGCUAUGGGGUAAUGCAAAUACCAACGCUCGAGGCGCAACAGACAGCCCCUUGUGCAGAGGCUGUUUCAGC